GAAGCGAUGGCGAACUGCGGAGGCAUCUGUCUCAUAACAACACACACACUCGGAGCGUCGCGAUCCGUCUCCUCUGAACAGACCACUGACGGGACCCUUGUCUGCCCGACGGUUACCACUCGUGCCACGGUGUCUUCGUCCGGUAACUGUGAAUGGAAACGUGAUGCACCAUGAAGGCUUUGUUUCAGCCGUGUCACUCCCCGGUCAGCCAUCCGGCCCACUCACUCUAUCAUAGAAGGCAACGGUCAGCUUGAGAAUAAACAUUGGACAGCUGACCUAAAGUCCCAGAAGUCUCUGCUGGCCAACCAUCAUCCUGCUCUGGAACAACAACCAAUGAUUUAGCAAGGAAUCUCUCCUUCAGAAUAUUUUGGAAAUUAUAUAAAUGAGCCAACAUCCUUUCAAAAAACAACUUCAUUUUCACUGCAUCUUUGGAACCAGGACCUUGACACCAUGUUGUGGCGGAGAUUUGUCAGCAGACUGAGCUUCUCUGAUUGGUCUGACCUGUGACUGGGUGAAACACUGUUUCCCCUCUCAGGAAAUACUACCAGCUUGGAGGGCUGUGGAGGUUAUAUAUGUUGCAUGGAACAUAUGGAGGACUGCAGACCCGCUACAUAACCCAUCUUUCGACCAGAUCAGCGUCCUAGCUGAUGAAUACUUUCAAACAAACACUGAUCUCACCAAUGGUCCUCUACAUUAUCUACUUGGACAAGGUACAUUUUUGAAAUCUUCUAGAACCUACUUACCCUCCAUCUCCCAAGAUGCUUUGCCCUCGGAGGAAGAGGCCCACCAAGGAUGCUGACUUCUCUGCCAUCGUUGUGCCGUCCAUGCGGGGCUCCGGUUACCUUGACUACACCAUUGAGAGUCACGCUGGCCGAGCGAUGCAGGCCAUGGAUGAAUUCAGACGCAACGAACUGCUUUGUGACCUGGUCCUCCAUGUCUCGUACAAGGAUAGGACCGUCGACUUCAAGGUACACAAGGUGGUUCUGGCUUCCUGCAGCCUAUACUUCAAAGCCAUGUUCACCAGCAGUUUCAAAGAGUGCCGUGCCUCGGAGGUGACUCUGCGUGACGUCUGCCCCCAGGUGGUGGGGAGGCUCAUUGACUUUGCCUACACCUCCCGCAUUACCAUGGGAGAGAACUGCGUGCUUCACUUCCUGCUGGCAGCUAUGAGGUACCAGAUGGAGGAUGUGGCCAAGGCCUGCUGUGACUUCCUCGUCAAGAACCUGGAGCCUGCCAACGUCAUCGGGAUCGCCCGAUUCGCUGAAGAUAUUGGCUGCACAGAGCUGCACCUUCAGAGUCGCGAGUACAUCAACACACACUUCAAUGAGGUAACCAAGGAGGAGGAGUUCUUCAGCCUGACUCACUGUCAGCUGCUGGAGCUGAUCAGCCAGGACAGUCUGAAGGUGCUGUGUGAGUCUGAGGUGUACAAGGCGUGUACAGACUGGGUGGGUUGGGAUAUGGAAGGGAGAGCUCAGUACCUCCAUGCCCUCCUCAAUGCUGUCCGCAUCUAUGCCUUGCCCCCCAAAUUCCUCAAACGCCAGCUGCUCACCUGCCCCAUCCUCAGCAAGGCCAACUCAUGCAAGGACUUCCUGUCCAAGAUCUUCCAGGAGAUGGCCCUGAGGAAGCCCCUCCCCCCCACGCUUUACCGUGGCACCCAGCUCAUCUACGUAGCGGGCGGGUACCGGCAGCACUCCCUGGACUCCAUGGAAGCCUUGGACCCCAGCAACAACACCUGGCUGAAGCUGGCAGACAUGGGGACCCCCUGUAGCGGCCUGGGGGCCUGUGUGCUGUUCGGCCUACUCUACACAGUGGGGGGCAGGAACCUGUCCCUGCAGAACAACGCUGAGUCUAGCGCUCUUUGCUGCUACAACCCCAUGACCAACCAGUGGAGCCAGCACGCCUCGCUCAACACGCCAAGGAACAGGGUUGGUGUUGGGGUGGUGGACGGCAACAUCUACGCUGUGGGGGGGUCCCAGGGUUCCACACACCACAGCACUGUGGAGAGAUGGGACCCUGAGACCAACCGAUGGACGUUUGUGUCCCCGAUGUCUGUGGCCCGUCUGGGGGCAGGCGUGGGGUCGUGUGGGGGGCAUCUGUACGUGGUGGGGGGUUUUGACGGGCAAAACCGCUGGAACACAGCCGAAAGGUACCACCCUGACACCAACACCUGGCACCAGCUGGCACCCAUGAGCUCUGUACGCAGCGGACUUGGCUUGGUGUGUGUGGACUCGUAUCUGUAUGCUGUGGGGGGCUAUGACGGCAGGAACCAGCUGAGCUCUAUGGAGCGCUACAGUGUGAGCAGGGACGUGUGGGAGCCCGUGGCCUCCAUGCAGCACUGCCGCAGUGCCCUGGGAGUCACUGUCUACCAGGGACGCAUCUUCGUCCUGGGGGGUUUCAACCAGGCUGGCUUCCUGUCCAGUGUGGAAUGCUACUGCCCCGAUACAAAUGAGUGGACGUAUGUGACAGACAUGCCCCUCGGCCGCAGUGGCAUGGGCAUUGUGGUUACCAUGGAGCCCUGCCCUGGAAACCUGCCAGAGGAGGAGGACGAGGAAGUGACAUAGACAAGAUGGUCACUUCAAAGCCAGGCUAUGACUGCCCAUUAUGACCGCUACAUGACCUCAUCAAGGUGACCACAUCUGAGUGCCACAGUACUCCACUCAGACUGACAGUGACCUACAGUGGCUGCUUUCAUUUGUUUUCUGCCAUUGUGUUUCCAUCUCUCCACUUUCCUUUUUGCCUUUCUCUGAUUUACAGUAUCUUCUCUCUCUCUCUCUCUAAAACGUGGACUACCACACUGUAGCAUUAGAACGGACAUUGCAGAAAAAACAUGGAAACAGAUUUCCACCUUGUUUUGUGCCAAGAGAAUAUAUGUAUUAGCCUGUACAUGCCUGAAUGAACACUGUGAAGUUUAAAUGUAUUUGCACAGAACUAUUAAUGUGAACAGAUAUAUUUGUAUGAUGCAGUUAGAAACAUACAUGAUUUUAUGAUUACAAUCUGCUUUCAGUUUUUUCAUUCUUCCUGAUAAAAGCACAGCUUUCUCAGCUGUGAGGUUUUCUAUUAGCCACUAGGUGGUGGAAUGUUAAAACAGUGGAACCUUUUCUGCAUUGAGCAUCACUGCUUGCAGAACCCUUGCAGAAUAUGUGCAUUUGGGAGAGGGGAGACUCCCCUGCAACUCUGAACAAAUAUGUUUGUGCAUUUAUCUUUAAGAAAAAAGAACACCACAGAAUGUAUUUAAAUGGAUGCUUAAGUAUCUGAGAAGUAUGUGGAUACAGAUUUGGUAUAUGUAUAUAAUGUUGGUCUCUUGGUAUUAAGAUCCCCUACUGGAAAUGUGUGGUAGUGAUGACUUCGAUCUGAGUGCUACUCGGUUUACAACUAGUAGAUGAUCCAAUAAGCCUUUUUCUUUCUUGUGUGACCAGUUAUUUCUGUGGAAUUUUUUUAAAUCUGACUUGUCACUGAUAAGCCUAAAUUGUUAUAAAUGAAGAGUUUUCUUCGUGUGCUGCCAAUUCAAACUUGCAGCAAUUAGCUGCUGAAGUUUAUAAACUAUAUUUAUUGUCUCCAAAUCAUCUCAAAGGCAUCUGAUUUAUUGAUCUAACUUGCAGUGCAAGCAAAUACACUGAACAGUUUCUUAGAUAACACUUAAAAUCAUUAAUAUAAUGGUGUUGGUUCUUACAAAAGUGACAUUACAAUUCCCAUUACAUUCA